CUUAAACCUGUUCGUAACCCGCUGGCCGCAGCUACCCGCCGUCUCUCUAAGCUGUGACCUUCAUACGCAGACUCCUGACCAACAUACAUUAUUAUAAAUGCUUAAGAACACAACAAGCCUGGAUGUGAAACCCUCUAUGUAGUAUCACAACUACUUAACUUGCACUAACUCACGAAUACUGAUCCGGCCUCUACUUCAUUAGGCUGUCUUCCCCGCCCGCUCAUCGGAGACAAAGAGCUCACUCGGGAGCACCAACAUGUCGCAGGCUCAGCUGCUCAGGGGCCAGUCUGGCUUGCCUGUCGACAACCCGACGAAGUCAUACUGGCACAAGGAGCCUUCGGCCAAACUGUUAGGCCACAGAACGACGAAAGAGUUACCCCGCUCUGCCGACGUCGUUAUCGUGGGGAGCGGAAUCACGGGGACUUUUGCUGCCCACUUCAUGAAAGAGCUGCGCCCCGAUCUCGACGUUGUCAUGGUCGAGGCCAGAGAGGCUUGUUGGGGUGCUACUGGCAGGAACGGGGGUCACUGUCAGCCCGCAAUCUACACCUCGGAACCCCACGUCGCCUCGUUCGAGCUGCGCAACUACUUCUUCCUCAAGGACCUGGUCGAGAAGUUCUCGAUCCCGUGCGACUGGCACACGACGAGCGGCGUGCACGCCUUCUACUCGCCCGUGCUCUUCGCCGCCGUCCGUCGCAGGGUCGAGUACCUGAUGGACGAGUACCCGGACCUGGCCGCCAACGUGGCCCUCGUGACCAAAGGCAAGCCGGGCGAGGACAGCAACGUAGAAGGCACCCCAGCCUACCUGCUCGAGGGCGAGCGUCGCGAGCUCACCCUCGACGCGCUACGGGUCCCGCACGCCGAGGGCGCCGUGGUACAAUGGAACGCCGCGAGCCUAUGGCCAUACAAGCUCGUCGCCUUCGUACUCGAGCGGCUGCUCGCCGCAAACGACGACGAAGAACAAGGAGGAGGAAGAGGAGGAGGGGCCAAAGGGUCCUUCAACCUGCAAACCAACACGCCCGUGACGGGGCUCUCGCGCGCCGAAACGCCGGACCUUAGCAGCCACCACGAAAGCGCGAAGUCGACGUCGACGUCGAUAUGGACGGUGCACACGCCGCGCGGCGCCAUCGCCGCGUCCAAGGUGCUGCUCGCGACGAACGGGUACACGUCGCACCUGCUGCCGCAGUUCGCGCCGCUGAUCGUGCCGACGCAGGGCCAGGUCUCGGCCCUCGAGCCGCCCGAGAAGCCCGCGUCGCCGUCGGACCCGCCGCUGGACAUAAAGCACACCUUCUACGUCGAGGGCGAGCCCGGCGCGCCCUACGAGCGCGACGACUACCUGGUCCAGCGGCCCCCCGCCUCCGCGGAGCUCAUCUACGGCGGCGGCCGGCGGCACGCCAAGGGCCGCGGCGUCGCCGUCUGGGACGACAGCUACGCCGACGACGCCGUGUCGUGGUACCUCCGCGGCGAGCUCGGCUCCGUCGUCGACCUCUCGCUGCACCAGCACCAGCACCAUCCCGCUUCCCAACCUAGUAGUAACUCCAACCCUUCCUCAUCGACCCAAGAAACCAAACCCGCCACCGAAGAACAAAAGCACCACCAAAAACCGCUCCCCGGAAAGCAGGACCUGCACCCGACGCACGAGUGGACCGGCAUAAUGGGGUACUCCAAGGACGCGCACCCGUGGGUCGGCGCCGUCCCCUCUUCCGCCGGCGGCGACGACGGCGGCGGCCUGUGGCUAUGCGCCGGGUACACGGGCCACGGGAUGCCGAACGCGGUGCUCUCGGCCAAGGCCGUCGUCGACAUGAUGUACGGCGGCGGCGGCGGCGGGGAAACCCCCGCCAUCGACCUGCCGCCCGAGUACGAGCUCACCGAGGACCGGCUCGCGCGCUCGCGGCUGCUCGACGAGGUCGCGGAUGUGGAUGCCAAGGGCAGCUUGUACGCGGAUUUCGGCGCUCGUUAAGGUACCUACCUAGGAUGCUUACUUACCUACCUACCUACCUACCUUACUUUGCUUGCUGAUGGGGGGUUGGCGUCUAUGGAUUGAUAAGCGGGUGUAUGGUACGGAUAGACGAAUGGGCAAGUGCGUACCUAGAUUUCGUCGUUAUUUACGAUAGUUGGGUAAGGUAUAUUAUUUGAUGUCUAUGACGGAUGUCUGGUACAUAUAUUAGACCCUAGAUAGUUCUGGACGUAAUGUAGAUCGGUGUAAAUGAGUAGGUACCUACCUAGGUAGACGGCAUCUACAUUACAUAUAAUACAUACAUACCUACUAAGCAACAGGAUUGUAUCUCGAU